CAACGACGUCCCAAAUGUUCUUGCUUGCGGUGGGCGUGACUACAGCAUUCCGAUUCGUCCAAUAGCAGCGCAAGGAUGCUGUAUUUUCAAGAUGGCUGCCGCAAUCGUUGCAGCACAAAUGAUGCUUCAGAAGCGUACAGGACCAAGCUUCCGGACGUUUCGUUCAGUAUGCGUUUAGAGCCCAGUGGAAGUGGAUGCAUGAGUUAAGGGUUAAUAAGGCGUUGAAUUGGAAGUAAAAGGAGCAUAAUUGCAUAGAGCCGAUGGACUUUAGCAAGAAAUAGUGCUGUGAUUUAGUGCGGAAAGACUGUGGUGGUUUUCUCCGGUGAGAAUUAAAAAAUAAUUGUGUUAAAACGUGUCUCAAACAUCUUUCACGGACCUUUCAAAGGAAUUAAGUGUGUUAUUAAGUGUGUCUGCAAAAAAUAAAAAAAUGUGUUAAUCACUCACGGUAUUUGGAAGUGCAAUUGAUUUACAAGAUGGUUUAUCACAUGAAGAACCCGAUGGAACUGUCGCCCUGUGCCGUAGGUGUACGCAAGCCACGCACGAAAAGCUCCCAAAUGUGUUCCCCAAAUCACGAUCAUCUUCCCGCCGGCCAAUCACCACUGUACCCGGGUAGCGUGGGUCCAGUGAGACAGCGCAAGCAACAAGAUCCGUCGGUGCAGUCGGAAUUUUCCAACCUGACGCGCGAGGAAAGGCGCCGACGACGACGGGCCACACUCAAGUACCGGACGGCACACGCGACCCGCGAAAGGAUUCGGGUCGAAGCGUUCAACGUUGCGUUUUCCGAGCUGAGAAAGCUGCUUCCGACGCUGCCACCGGAUAAGAAACUGUCCAAGAUAGAGAUACUGAAGCUGGCCAUCUGUUACAUUUCCUACCUUAAUCAUGUGCUGGACGCUUGAUUCUGCUUGUGUUAUUUUAGUUCUACGUUGCAAUACAUGAUUUUUUGAAUCUCUAUAAAACAA